AAUUAAAAAAAUAAAAGCGGGCCGGAUGUAUGAGAGGAGGGGGACAGAUGAUUCAUCUGAGCAAGGAAGGAAAAAUGUGAAAUUCACAUUUCACACUGUGAAUGCAGUCUCUACAAUCCAGUUUCAGAUCUGGCUGGAGACUGCUCCCAGACUCAGUUGGGAAGCAGGGAGUGGAGAGAGCCUGGAGUGCCCGGAGAGGGAGAUCUCCGUCUCCCGCCGGGACUUGGCACAUGGGGGAAGAAAAGGACAUAUGUUUCAAUGCAACAUUGUGUUGCUUUCCAGACAGCUGAUGUGCAAGUCCCAUCCUGUCAAACCGAGAUCCAGCCCGCCCCCCUCUCCUCCUCCUUCCCAGGCGCUUGGCUGUUUUGCCCAGCCCCUGGUGACUGAAGCCCCGUCCUUCCUGCUGCGGGCUGUCUCCCCCACGCAUCCCCGGAGCGGGCAGGCGCCCCCCGGCCAGCGGGAGGCUCGGGGGAGGGCUGCUGCCUCCCUGGCGGGAGGGAAGCCUGCUCAGCUGACGCCUGGCUGCUUGGAAGAGGGAUCGCGGGGCCAAGCUGUUUUUCUUUUCCGGUCGCCUGGAUCCGCUGUCCCCGCCUCCUCGCGCGCUGUCUCCUCUCCCCAAACCCCCAGUCUGGAGGUUGGAUGGUAUGCUCCGUACGUGAGCUGGGUGCUGGUCUGGCUGGCGACGCGCGUGCCCUGUGGCCAAACACUGAGCAGCGAGUGCAAAGUACCAGCCCGGAGUGCGGCUGGGAGCGGGAGGGAGGAGGGCAGCGCACAGCUUCCCGCUUUCCCCGCCGCGCAGGAGGGACUGAGGCUGCAUGUGCACGGUUUGGCCCCGCAGCCUCGCAGCACCCCGCGGCAGCGCCAGCCCUAACCCAGCCGCGGUCCGACAUGGAUGAAGGACUGGUGCGCCUGCAAGAGAGGCAGUUGCUGGAGCACAGGGAUUUUCUAGGGUUGGACUACCCAUCUCUCUAUAUGUGCAAGCCCAAAAGAGGCAUGAAGAGGGAUGAGAGCAAGGAAACAUACAAGCUGCCCCACAGAUUGAUAGAGAAGAAGAGACGGGACAGAAUUAACGAGUGCAUUGCUCAGCUGAAAGAUUUAUUGCCCGAGCAUCUGAAAUUGACUGUAAGGUAGAGAGGGAGGCAGCGCGCCCUCCCCGCGCGGGGGGGGGAGGGGGAGGAGGCGCGGGACCCGGCAGGCAAAUGAUCAAAAAGUGGGACCUCAAGGUUGGGGGUAUGAAAGUUGUGGUGCAUCAAGCUUGAGGGGAGUAAAGCCUGGGGGGAUCAAGCUUGAGGGGAAUCUAAGGGGGGGGGAUCAAAUUUAAGGGGGAUCAAACCUGGGGGAGCAGACUUGUGGGGAUUGAUAAAUAUUAGGGUCGGAAGGGACCUCAGCAGAUCAUGGAGUCCGACCCCCUGCCCCCGGCAGGAAAGAGCGCUGGAGUCAGAUGACCCCAGCCAGGUGCUUGUCAAGUCUCCUUUUAAAGACCCCCUU